UGUUUUUUGUUUGAAACAUUUUCUCGAAACGUCCAAUCAUCGAAGAUACCUUCAUCAUAAGAAAGCACUAAGUGAUUCGUUAUUCCGUGUGAGAAAGACUGUUGUUUAUUUUAGAAUUUAACUUACACUCGAUUUGUGCUCAACGAAAAUAUUUUUUGGAAAAUGUCCGACGAUGACCAUAGUCGAUUUGAUGGCCUGUUACUGAGCUUGGCUGAACAACAUAAAAACGGUGUGCCGGAUCUCCUCAUAACCAUCGCAAAUUUCCUAUCCCGGAAAACAGAUUUUUUCACUGGUGGCAAAGACGGAGAGUGGGAAAAGUUGCUGUUGUUAGUAUUUCGUGAAGAGGCAAAAAAAGCUAAAGAGGUGGCAGAUAAAAAGCGCAAAGAACGAGAGGAGACUGAAAAACGACGACAAGAGAUUUUAAAGAAGAAGCGAGAGCAGGAGGAACUGGAGAAUGCAAAUGAUGCUGCCAUUCGCGAAGUAACAGAUGAAGAAGCUGAACGACUUCAAAAGGAAAUCGAUGAGGCUAAGAAAAGUAAAAUUGUUGCCGCCGAACAACCAACAACUGAGGCGAAGAGCGAACCUGCCGACGACGAUGAAGAUGAUCCCAAAGAGAAAGGAAAAUUGAAACCGAAUGCUGGCAACGGUUGCGAUCUAGAAAAAUAUAAAUGGACUCAGACCCUGGAGGAAGUUGAGCUAAAAAUUCCAUUGAACGUAAAAUUUGCUGUAAAACCUCGCGACGUUGUCGUCAAAAUUGGCAAAAAACAUUUAACGGCCGGUCUCAAAGGUCACGAUCCAAUCAUCGACGACGAAUUGCAUUCCGACAUAAAGCUCGAAGAAUCGGUGUGGAUUAUCGACAACAAGCACAUUGUCAUCACGUUCGAGAAAAUCAACAAAAUGAAUUGGUGGGACCGUGUUGUUGUCAGUGAUCCACCAAUAUCAACAAGAAAAAUAAAUCCGGAACCGUCGAAGCUAUCGGAUUUGAAAGGCGAAACAAGAGGUCUAGUCGAAAAAAUGAUGUAUGAUCAACGGCAAAAGGAGAUGGGUCUACCGACCAGCGAUGACCAGAAGAAACAAGAAACGUUGAAGAAGUUCAUGGAACAGCAUCCGGAGAUGGAUUUUUCGAAAUGUAAAUUUACAUAGGCCGUAGCACGGACAUAGCACGAACAUUUUACAAAAGUAAUUUACGUACGAAUGGAGACUCUCAAUCGCAUCGUUCAUUUAACACAAUACACAGAACCGUUGUCUCUAAUUUUAAGUUUUUUUUUCUUAAAAUAAAAAAAAACUUUUCGAUCGA